UGAAAGACAAAGAAAAAUGGCGAAUAGUUUGCUGGGGGGUGGGAGGACAGCUGUUCGGGUUUUCACUGGAGUGGACAUUCCAGACUCAGGUUUCUGCAUCUCCUGCUGUCUUUUGUUUCCUCCAUCCUUUGGUGGGGGGAGGGAUAGGAGUGACUUAAAUUCUCCUUGUCCGAGGAGGUAUAAAUAACUACAUGUAAAAUUAAUGCAGUUCCCGUUGUCGAAAUGUCCACAGAAGGAGGGUUUGGUGGCACUAGUAGCAGUGAUGCCCAGCAAAGCCUUCAGUCCUUCUGGCCUCGGGUCAUGGAAGAAAUCCGGAACUUAACAGUGAAAGAUUUCCGGGUACAGGAGCUCCCACUGGCUCGAAUUAAGAAGAUUAUGAAACUGGAUGAAGAUGUGAAGAUGAUCAGUGCUGAAGCCCCUGUGCUCUUUGCCAAGGCAGCCCAGAUUUUUAUAACAGAGCUGACUCUUCGAGCCUGGAUCCACACAGAGGAUAACAAACGCCGAACUCUUCAGAGGAAUGAUAUCGCCAUGGCAAUUACAAAGUUUGAUCAGUUUGACUUUCUCAUCGAUAUUGUCCCAAGAGAUGAACUGAAACCUCCAAAGCGUCAGGAGGAGGUGCGCCAGUCCGUGACUCCUGCUGAGCCUGUCCAAUACUAUUUCACACUGGCUCAGCAACCCACUGCUGUCCAAGUCCAGGGGCAGCAGCAAGGCCAGCAGACCACCAGCUCCACGACUACUAUCCAGCCUGGGCAGAUCAUCAUUGCUCAACCUCAGCAGGGCCAGACUACACCUGUGACAAUGCAGGUUGGAGAAGGCCAGCAGGUGCAGAUUGUCCAAGCCCAGCCUCAGGGUCAAGCCCAGCAGGCUCAGAGUGGCACUGGACAGACCAUGCAGGUGAUGCAGCAAAUCAUCACUAACACAGGAGAGAUCCAGCAGAUCCCGGUGCAGCUGAAUGCCGGCCAGCUGCAGUAUAUCCGCUUAGCCCAGCCUGUAUCAGGCACCCAGGUUGUGCAGGGACAGAUCCAGACACUUGCCACCAAUGCCCAACAGAUCACACAGACAGAGGUCCAGCAAGGACAGCAGCAGUUCAGCCAGUUUACAGAUGGACAGCAGCUCUACCAGAUCCAGCAAGUCACCAUGCCUGCGGGCCAGGACCUCGCCCAGCCCAUGUUCAUCCAGUCAGCCAACCAGCCCACCGAUGGGCAGACCCCCCAGGUGACCGGCGAUUGAGGGCCUAAGCUGGCAAGGACACCAAACACAAUUUUUGCCAUACAGCCCUAAGUGAUGGGCACAACCUCCCUCCCCGAGGACCAGCGACCUCAGCACCCCCUGCAGGCUAGGACAUUGGUGCACUACGCUCCGCGCCUGGGGGCCGAGAUUCUCCAACAGAAAGAUGCAAUAUUUUUUAUUUCAUUUUUUUCUCCGAGGAAUCAAUAUUUCCACAUAUUGAGCUGUGUGUCCAAUGCUAUGAAAUGAGAAUAUUAAAUAACAUAUUUAUGGCAUUUUCUUGAAGCACGUGGUUGAAGAAGUAUUUCUCCGUUUGCUUUUCUUACUUUGGUUCCCACCACCACUUUAUAGGAGCAGAUCUUUCUCUCUAAGGGUGCACAGCAUUUCCUGACUCUUGCAACAGCUGCAGCCCCGAGAUUUGCUCCCUUGUUCUGCCCUCAGAUUGAAUCAGGUGGAGGGGGUGCAGCUCCUUUUUACCCAUUGCGCCUCUCUGCUCCUGUCCCACCUGCUCCUCAGAGCUCUGUAUUGGUAUCCAGGGACCGUGGAAGUGUUUCUUGCAUUUGGAGAUGAAGUCAUUCCUCAUGGAAAGCAAUGGUUUCAUUCCCAGCCCUCCUUUCCCAGGAACUCAAGGAGACUAGAACUUUGUGCAUUUGCUGCCCCCUCUUUUCUU